UAUACUCGUAGUCGUAGUUGGUUUGCGGUGGUCGUUGGUAGUGAGAUUUGUUCGUUUUUUGUAGUUUGUUUUUACCAGUUUCGUACUUUUCGGUUUUGACUUAAUUGAAUCAUCAAUUUCGUACUGUGCUUAUAAAGAAUGUAUGUGUAAUUGAUUAAAAACGUCUUAAAGCAAACGAAACAAAAUGACGAUACGAAAUGAAGUUGGAGUCGGAGAUUUUGUCCUUAUGGACAAAAUCGACAUGGAUAACUUCAUGAAAAACUUGGAAAUUAGAUUUAAAAAUGGGUUAAUUUACACGUACAUAGGAGAAGUAUGCGUUUCUGUAAAUCCAUACAGAACGAUGAACAUUUAUGACCACUCGUACGUACAGAAAUACAAAGGUCGGGAAUUAUUCGAAAAUCCGCCCCACAUCUUCGCAAUCGCCGACGCUUCUCACAAAGUGAUGAAGCAACAGGGCAGAGAUACCUGCAUAGUGAUCAGCGGUGAAUCCGGAUCGGGCAAAACCGAAGCAUCGAAAAUUAUUAUGAAAUAUAUCGCGGCAGUUACCAAUCAAGGAAUAUUACCGCCAUUGGAUGGAACAGAUAAAACAAAGGGAAAACACGAAAUAGAAAAGGUAAAAAACAUUCUGAUUCAAUCCAACUCGAUUUUGGAAGCUUUCGGGAACGCCAAGACCAACAGAAACGACAACUCGUCCAGGUUCGGAAAGUACAUGGAUAUCCAUUUCGACUUCAAAGGCGACCCCAUCGGCGGGCAUAUAAAUAAUUACCUUUUGGAGAAGUCGAGGGUUGUUAUGCAGCAGGCCGGAGAACGCAACUUUCAUUGCUUUUAUCAGCUCCUAAUGGGUGGCAACAAAGACUUGCUGGAUAGGCUGAAUAUAACACGCCAACCAGACAACUAUUUCUACAUCAAGCAGGGUAACUCGGCCAAAGUCGAUUCUAUUAACGACAGCCACGAAUUUCGAGACGUGUCCACGUCGCUGACCACUCUCCAAUUCAAUAAAGACGAUCAGGACACGUUGUGGAGAGUGGUGGCCGCCAUCUUGCACCUGGGAAAUUUCGAGUUUAACGUAAACGAAGACAAAUUGGAACUUAAAAAGACGAAGUCGGUCGAUACGGUUGCCGAUCUGCUUAAAGUCCAAAGAAAAGAGCUAGAGACGGCGCUAUGCGAAAGGGUCAUAGCCGCCAGAGGCGACGUCAUGCGCAAAGAACACACCGACGUGGAGGCGGCUUACGGACGCGACGCGUUUGCCAAGGCAAUCUACGAAAGACUCUUCAACUGGAUAGUUAGAAAAAUUAACGCCGCCAUCGCCGUCGAAGGCCAGGGCUACCAGAAACACUAUAAAAGUUCCCUCAUUGGUGUUCUGGACAUCUACGGCUUCGAAAUAUUCGAUAACAACAGUUUCGAACAGUUCUGUAUCAAUUAUUGCAACGAAAAACUGCAGCAAUUGUUCAUCGAGUUGGUUUUGAAACAGGAGCAAGAAGAGUACAACAGGGAGGGCAUAGAGUGGACGAAUAUCGAGUAUUUUAACAACCAGAUAAUUUGCGACUUGGUAGAGGCGCCUCACAAAGGGGUGAUGGCAAUAAUGGACGAUGCUUGCAAAAUGACGGCAGAGAAAGUAACCGACGAGCUGCUAUUGGAGGCUAUGGAUAAACAAUUAAAAACCCAUAAGCAUUACAUGUCCAGACAAACCAAAUCGUCGGAGAAGUCGCUGAGGCACAAAAUUGACUUUAAAAUUACACAUUACGCAGGUGACGUCACGUACUGCAUAAUCGGAUUUUUGGAUAAAAACAAGGAUACGUUGUUCCAAGACUUUAAACGCCUUCUGUACAAUUCGCGAGAUCCCAACAUUAAAGAUAUGUGGCCAGAAGGUGCUCAACAUAUUACCGAGAUCACAAAACGGCCGCCAACGGCGGGUACGUUGUUCAAAAACUCGAUGCAGGCAUUGGUCCAGACCUUAAUAAGUAAAGAGCCGCAUUACGUGAGAUGCAUUAAGCCUAACGAAGUCAAAUCCCCUUCGGUGUUCGAUUACGAACGGGUUAAACAUCAAGUGAGCUAUCUGGGAUUGAUCGAAAACGUUAGGGUCAGGCGAGCUGGUUUCGUCUAUAGACAACGAUAUGACAAAUUCCUCAAAAGAUACAAAAUGAUCUCUCAGUUCACGUGGCCAAACUUCAGAUCGGGUACCGACAAAGAUGGCGUCAAGGUAAUAAUGGACGAGGGCGGAUAUAGCAACGAUGUAAGAUAUGGAAAAACUAAAAUUUUCAUCCGAUCCCCGAAGACUCUAUUCGCUUUGGAAAAUUCGAGAAAUGACUUGCUUCCUGGUAUAGCUACUUUAAUACAAAAAACCUGGCGAGGUUAUCGAGCUAGACAACUCUACAAACGCAUGCAAGCGUUAAUGGUAAUGGUUCGUGCGUAUCGUCUAAAACAAAUGCGGACGUACGUGCACUCACUACAGCGUAAAUUUUCCGGAGCAAAGUCGAUGCGCGAUUACGGCAAACACGUGACCUGGCCGGAACCGCCCAAAUCGCUUAGGCAGACAGCCGUAUUAUUGCGUCAAAUAUUUGACAGAUGGCGCGGGUACAUGAUACUUAGUCGCAUCCCGAAACAGGACUGGGCGCAGAUGAAAUUAAAAAUAACCGCCGCCAGCGCCCUCAUCAACAAAAGAACGAACUACGGUAUCGACAGAAAAUGGGACGGCAAUUACUUGAGCAAACACGAAGAGAACAGCAACUACUCCAUGUUCAACGAAGCCGUAAAUAACCUGAAGAACACGAAACAUUUUAACACGGUCGUGUUCUCGUCCUACGUCACGAAGUUUAACAAGUUCAACAAGGUCGCGGAGAGGGUUAUGCUCGUGACGGACCAGUUCGUGUUCAAACUGGACUGCGAAAAGUUUAGGAAUAUGAAAGAGGGCGUGUCUUUGCGCGAUUUGACGGGGCUGAGCGUCAGUCCCGGCCAAGAUCAGCUGUUGGUGUUGCACUGUCCUCGCGGGAACGAUUUGGUGGUGUCCCUUCAUGCGCAAAAACCAGAGGACAGAGUCGGCGAGGCGAUCGGCACCAUUUGCAGCGCUUACUACCAUUUGAAAAAGACUGAUUUACCGGUGAAAGUAAGUAAAACGAUUCAGUGUUCCUUGGGCGGGAAACAAAAGCUAAUAAACAUCCAGGUGUCCGCUGAAGUACAGGCCCCUACUUUUAAAAAGGACGGGCAUAAUAUACUUUACGUUCUACCGUCGAGUUAUGCUCUUAUCGAAAAUGGCAAUAAUUACUUACACAAAAACUAAGCUGGACAAUCCAAAGCGGCCUUCACCUUUAGAACUAAUUUUUGAUCUUACGGAUAGUAUUCAAUGUUUUGCAAUUUUGUUAUGAAAUCGUUUCCAGUUACUUAUUGAGCAAAAUAGAGCCUUGAAAAGGCCGUUAUCCCAACAAUUUGUUAAAUAAUUAUGUUUUACGAAAUUUUAAAAUUUACAGUUGAAAGAUGUUUUUUUUUGCGAGAUUGUGUGUGAGAAUUAUUAAGAUUACAUUGUCGGUGAUUUCUUUGGUGGUUGAUAUUACCACACAUUAAUUUUUCUGUGUUAUUAUUUAAGAUACAAAGUAUAUUUUAGAAUUUAAAAAUAACAUUUUUUUAAAUUUAAAUUUGUAAAUUCACAUUCAAACGCCGCGAUUCAUUGAAACAAAUUAAUAAUUAUUUAGUGUUGAUUUAGUUGCUCAGCGGUUCAUUAUUACGCGGCUUCGAGAGAGAAUUGUACUUAGAAAACUGUUAAGUCUUGUUGAUGCCAGUGUUCAUAUAAUUUAAUAGUUCGAUAUUUUUGUCACACACUUCCAAUGUUAACAACGCGUGGUGAUUAAAUUUUAAUCAUAACGCUGAUUCAAGAAGCGGGUCUUCAUUUGUCCAUAUCAAAUUUAAUAUUUGUUAUCCGAUUAAAGUUUUAAUGCAUUAAACAGCUGCAAUAUAUUUUUACAAUAAUUACUGUUUAAAAAAUGUGAUGCAACCGCUAUUUUUAUAGUUUUAUUAUGGAUGUAUAUGUGAUUUGAUAUAGUUUAACGCUUAAAGCUUAACUUUUUAGAAUACUUAUACAAUCUUACUGUAUUUAUUUUUAUUGUAUAGUGCCAUUAUAUAUUUACACUUUUUUAUUAUUUUUUGUAUCCGUCAGAUACUUAAGAUAAACAUGUGCCUUAUAUUUUUCUUUGUAAUAAAGUGUCCCAAUUAUUGCUAGCAUUGUUUUAA